AUUUUCUUCCCGUGAGAAAUCGAAUAGAGAGUUCGGGCGGGCGGCGGCGAAGGAGGGAAAAUGGGAAAGCGAGACAAGAAGCCGAAACGUCACGAUGCAAAUUCUCGCCGGAGGGACUUCAAGUUCACUUCUGAAGGAGAAGUUAUGGAAGAUGGCGAUUUCCACGGCUACCCACUUGCCUCACCUUCUGCUAAUGAAGAAGAAGAAGAUGUAGAAGUAGAAGACGAGGAGGAAGAACAAGAAACAAGUCAUGAGGGCUCAUCAUCGGAUAUUCCUUCGAAAUUUCAUCUUUAUCAACAAUCUGUUCAGUCGCCCAAAGGAGAUAUAAGCUAUUUGCAGAAGUUCUUUCUGAUGUAUGUGGGAGGUAGGCAGCCGAUCCAUCUCCAAGAAGAUUUCUGUGGCACUGCACUUUUAAGUGCAGAAUGGCUUCGAACUGAUUCGCGUAGGACUGCUGUAGGAUUGGAUCUUGAUCUCAAGGCAUUAGUGUGGUGCAUGGAGAACAAUGUUAACCGAAUYGGGGCUGACUUGUAUUCCAGAAUCUCUCUUUUUCAUGGAAAUGUACUACAUCCUGCUGAUGCUAGGCUACUCAAUCCUGAGCCAGGGGAGGAGCUGCUUGAAAAUUUAACAUUGGAAGAUAGCAAAGAAAAUAUUGAAGCUAGUGCAUCAAAAUCCAUAGUAAAAGAGGAAUCUGCAUCUUUCAACGAUAACAAGUACUUGAAGAGGAACAUUACACUGCCUGCCAGAGAUAUUGUGUGCGCAUUUAACUACAGCUGUUGUUGUCUCCAUUCACGUGCAGAUCUUGUUAUGUAUUUCAAGCAUGCUCGCGCUAGCUUAUCCAGAAAAGGUGGGAUAUUUGUGAUGGAUUUGUAUGGUGGUACCUCGUCAGAACAGAAGUUGAAGCUUCAAAGGAAGUUUGCGAAUUUCAAGUAUAUAUGGGAACAAGCCGAGUUUGACAUCAUUGGACGUAAAACGAGGAUUAGCCUCCAUUUUGAUCUUCAGAAGCAGCAGAAGAAGCUUCGCCAUGCGUUUUCUUACAGCUGGAGACUGUGGUCAUUACCCGAGAUCAAAGAUUGCCUGGAAGAGGCUGGAUUCCGAUCUAUCCAUUUUUGGAUCAGACAGAUGCCUGACACUGAAGAAAUUAGAAGUAUAGAGGGGUUUGGCUCAGGAAGUGAUGUGAAAUAUGAGGAGGUCGAAACUUUUCAACAAAAAGAUUCUUGGAAUGCAUACAUCAUCGGUGUUUCAUAGUUUUGAGCAUCAGUCAAUACYUUACAUGUAUCUUUUCACGAUUUUUCGGCAUUUUAUUUUCAUGCUGUUGUAGUUAGUGUCAAAAACUGCUGUUCUGCCUUUGUAUACCGAAAAGAAAAAAAAAAGUUGUAGCAAGGGAGACAAGAUAGUCAAAUGAGGUAUUUCAAGCUCACCAUUUUGUUUGUCUUAGUUCUUGCAUUUCAUCA